AUGCGCUGCCCGCGCGGGUGCCUGCGUCGGCCGCGCCACGCGCUGCUGGCGCUGGCUCAUGCGGCGGCCGCGCUGCCCGCGCUGCUGUGGAGCCUCGUGCUGCGCCGCGAUUUUGGCCCAGAGGACUCAGGGACAGCGCUCCCCGUGACGGACGCGGAGCGCUGCCGCGGCGACUCCCGCGAGAAGAGCGAGGACGAGCUGGAUGAGGAGCGCGACGCAUAUGUCCGGCGCGCGUUCGAGCGGGCAGAGGUGGCGCGGUUCAACGGCGCGCCGGAGGGCGCCAGAAAGGGUAUAGGGCAGAGCAGCUGGGAGGCGGGCAGCGGGGCCGCCGACCAGGCCUCCGUCUUCGAGGGCCUGGGCCUCCAAUCUCGGUGGGGCACCCGCUCCGUACGGGCGGCGCUGGUGAUGCGGGUGAUCCUGCCCCUGCUGCUGCGCUUCUCGUGCCCGAAGACGGCGCUGUCCCUGCGGGAGGUGGGGGCGCGGGUCAAGAACUUCGACCAAGAGAUCCCGUGGAGCACCGUGUGGGAGAGCACCCGCGCAGCGCCGGGGAGCUCGCGGUGGCCCUUGGCAGGAG